GGCGAGCGACCGCGCCGCCUCGAUCUGCCAGCCGACCGCCGCAGCCGCCGCCGGCAACUCGGAGUGCUUCGUAGGGACUGAUCAUCCCUGUACAAGAGACUCCGUGCUAAAGCAGCUGCCGACCGCUCGUUACAAGAACGACGACGCUCUGGGUGUCAUGAGGUCGAGCUGAGCCGCUGGCAGGUGGACGGGUUCCGCUACACUGCUACUGUGCUGACAGAUCGGCUGACAGCCAUGUCGUCGCGCUCUAAGGAAAAGAUGGCGGCCGCGUUCCGGCGGCUGUUCCGGCCCAAGCUGGCGUCGUCAGGAGCGGGCGAGGCGGCCGGAGACGCUGCGUCCGGAAGCGGAUCCCCGGCCGUGGCGGGCGCCGCCGCCUCCAGCUCCUCCUCCGCAGCGGGGGCGGGCGCUGCUGGCGCCAGCGGCGGCGGCGGCAGCAACUCCAACUCUCCCGUGGCAGCCGCGAGGCGGCUCCUUACCAGGCACGGCUACCACCACAGGGACGCGGUGACGCCGGCGGAAAGCGCCGAGGCCAGAGGCGGGGGCGGAGUGGCGGGGGCGGCGGCGCCGGUGCGCAAGUCGGCGCUGAGCCUGCUGCGGCCCAAGAAGAGCUCCGCCGCGGCUGCGGGGGCGGGCGCCGGAGCCGCCGCCGCGGGGCACUCGGCCGACAAGGGCGCCUGCGGCUCCCAGGCCGGCGCCAUCGCAGCCCACAAGACGGUGCGCGCGCGGCGGCUGAUGAAGGAGCUACGAGAGAUCCAGCGGCUGCAGGCGCAGCAGCGGCACGACCCGGUCUUCACGGUGGAGCUGGUCAACGACAACCUGUUCGAGUGGCACGUGCGGCUGUUCCGCGUGGACGCGGAGAGCGAGCUGGCGGGCGACAUGCGCGAGCUGGGCGUGCCCUGCAUCCUGCUGCACCUCGCCUUCCCCGACAACUUCCCGUUCGCGCCGCCCUUCAUGCGCGUCAUCUCGCCGCGCAUCGAGAAGGGCUUCGUCAUGGAGGGCGGCGCCAUCUGCAUGGAGCUGCUCACGCCGCGCGGCUGGGCGUCCGCCUACACCGUCGAAGCCGUCGUCAUGCAGUUCGCCGCCAGCAUAGUGAAGGGCCAGGGGCGCAUCGCCAGGAAGCACAAGGGCAGCAAGGACUUCAGCCGGCGCUCGGCCGAGGAGUCGUUCCGCAGCCUGGUGAAGACGCACGACAAGUACGGCUGGGUGACGCCGCCGCUCGCCGACGGCUAGCCGCCAGCACGAGACAGGUGGUGCUGCCGCCGCUGCUACCGCCCUCGCCGCCGCUGCCACCGCCUCCGCCGCCUCCGCCGCCCCCGCAGUGUUGAGCUGCGCCU